AUGGAGGCGACACCGGCGGUGAAGCAGCUGGUGGCGCGGCUGGAGCGCGUGGCGGGGUCCAUGAAGAACCCCUGGGAGGUCCUCAUGCACCUCGACCAGCUCCUCGCCAGCGCAACCCUGAGCGCCGCCACUUCCUCUGGCGCCGUGGGAGCAGCGAGCUCUAAGGUGUCGCCCCUGGCCACUGGGUGCGCCGCGACCAAAGCGCAGAUGCUCAAGGAGGUGUCGCGGCUGGCGUGGAGGCUGCACUUCCGGCCCAUCAAGUACACCAUCAUGGGGCGCUUCUUCAGGAACAUCGCCACCACCGCCAAGAAGAACAACGGUGACCUGAGGUACCUGGGGUGCCGCACGUACCUGAUACCGUCCAACUUCGCAUUCAUGAACAUGAUCGCCAAGGGCAUGGGUGACGUCAGGUACCUGGUGCUGGCGCCGCUCUACAACACCAUCAACGCCACGUACCACUUCGACCGCCUGCGCCGCUUGCCGCACGGCACCACCAUGCCCACGCUCAUCCCCGGCUACCCCAUCGCCAAGUACUUCACGCCCGUCACUCCCCUUGCACUCAUCACCUUGGGCGGCUCCAUCGUCGCCGUCGGCACACCCGGCGCCAAGACGGUACUCGCACGACUUGGGUGGGCGCAGAUUAAGGACCGUGAUAUUCACUGUGGGAAGUACCUGGCGGCUCACGGUGUGAGCACCCUGGUCAUUCCACGCAUCAAGAUCCCCAAGUGA